AAAAAACUUAACCUCAAAAAACAAACUUUUGACAGAUAAUUAAUUUGACAAAAGUAGUAAUUUUUAUUUAAUUUUUUAUUAUUAUAUUAGACUACAAAGUCAUGCAGCGAUUAAACUGUUCAUUAUGUAAUCAAUUAGUUCCGGGAGCUUUGCAUGGUUUGAGUAGACAUUUAAUUAACGACCAUACAGUGUCAGUUAAUCGGGGAAUGGGUGAUUCAGGGUUUCGUUGUGCGCAAAAUGGUUGUCAGCGUCGGUUUAAAUUUUUUUAUUCAUUAAGAAAUCACAUCAAAAAGCAUCAUUUGAAUAAUGCAGAUGAUAAUGGUAAAAUUGAGAGUGAGGAUGAAGAGAUAGCCAAUAAUAUUCAAAUACCAGACUUCGAUAAUUUUGAUAAUAAUAAUCAAGGCUUACAUAACGAUGGAAAUUACUAUGACAGCGAUUAUGAAGAACCGAUAAAUGGUGAGGAUAAUUUUAAUGAUGUGAUUGACUUUAACUUACGAAAGCAUGUGGUCCGGAUGGUUGCCAGGUUUCAAUGCAAGCCUUCAAUGACUAAUAGUUUAUUAACUGAAGUCUUAGAUGAAUGUGAACAACUUCUAGUUAAUGCGUGCAAUUUUUUAAAACAAACAGUAAAACGAUUUUUGGAUAAUCAUCAAUUGCAAGACGAAGCAGCACAUAACGUAUUAAACGCAUUUGAAUUUGAUGGCGCGUUUGAAGGAUUAAGAACAUUGAAUCAACAAAUAGAUGUUUUAAAACAAUAUUGUCAUUACAUAGAACCAAUAGAAAUUCCUUUAGGGUACAGAACUGAUAGUGUACUUGAUAGAAUAACCAGUACAUACAAACCUAAAAUGGUCAUGGAAACGUUUCAAUACGUACCUGUUAUUAGCUCCUUAUCAUUGGUCAUGUCAAGCUCAGAGGUACGAGAUGCUAUUCAUGCAGAGCAACGAUCUCCAGAUGGGAUUUUGGCUUCAUUUUUAGAUGGAGAACAUGCCCAAGAACAUCCUUUAUUUGUACAAUAUCGAAAUGCAUUAAGAUUGCAAAUAUAUUAUGAUGAGUUGGAAACGGUGAACCCUCUUGGAUCCAAAACUGGUGUGCAUAAACUUGGCGUAUUUUAUUACACUAUUCAAAAUUUGCCACCUGAAAUUAACUCUGAACUAAGUUCAAUACAUGUUCUCUGUAUGUGCUCGGAUGCUGAUGUAAAAAAAUAUGGUUUUAAAAAAAUUCUUGCUCCAUUUUUAGCAGACUUAAAGGAAUUAGAAAGUGAUAAUGGCGUCACAAUCAAAAUAGAUGAAGGUAAUUAUGUGCUUCGUGCAUCUAUAGCAGCAUUUUGUGGAGAUGGGUUAGCAGUACACGAUGUUUUCAAUUUUCUUGCACCAUCAGCAAACUAUUUUUGUCGAAUUUGCAUGUAUUCUAGGGACGAUUUACACGCAGGAAGUAUGCAGCCAGCUCAGAAACGAACUAAAGUUCUUUAUGAUCAACAUUUGGCUCAUCUGAAAGAAACUAACUUUUCAUCUCAAUCAAAAACAGACACUGGUAUCCGGGGAGAAUGUUGUUUGAAUGAAUCAAAAUAUUUUAAUAUUACUCGAAAUAAAGUUUUCGACCCCAUGCAUGAUUUUUUGUGUGGAAUAUGUCCCAUGAUUCUGAAACUGGUAUUGCACGAAUAUAUUUCGGUUCAAAAAAAAUUUACAUGUGAAGAUUUUAACGGGAAAAUAGCAUCUUUUCAAUAUGGAUAUGUAGAAAUGACAAAUAAACCUUCUGCGAAUUUCACCAAUUCAAUGCUCAAUAAAAAUGAUCAUACAUUGAGCCAAAAAGCUAUGCAGACUUGGUGUCUAGUUCGAGUUUUUCCUUUUUUACUUUCAAAUGAAAUUCCUGAUGGUGAUAACCAUAUGUCACUUAUACUAAAUUUACUUCACAUAAUGGAAAUUAUUUUCGCUCCACGAUUACAUGAUAAUAAUUUAAGAAAUUUACAAAUCCUUAUCACUGAUUUUUAUACGAAAUUUCUAGUUCUUUUUCCAAAUGUAAAUCUAAUUAAUAAGUUUCACCACUUGAAUCAUUAUGCGGAAUUUAUUCGAUGGGCUGGACCUGCAAUUAAUUACUGGUGUAUGAGAUACGAAGCUAAACAUGGUGGUAUCAAAGUUCGUGCUCAAAUCAUACAUAACCACAAAAAUUUACCUAAAACUCUAAUACGAUUAUGCCAAUGUGAACAAAGCGCCAGGUGGGGUGGAAAAGAUGUUAAAAUCCAUCGAUUAAUGACAACAAAUGGACGAACCGUGCAUGUUGAAGAAACUGCAAGUAGAGAGCCUCUUCAUAAUUUUGAUUACAUUGAUACCGAUAGAGUGUUCCGUUGUAAUUCUGCAAGAGUGAAUGGAGUAGAAUUUCGAGUAGGUUUAUACGUAUGCUUAGAAGCUUCACAACAUCGUAAAGAUAACAUGCCUCUAUUUGGUUAUAUAAAAGAAAUUAUCAUUUUGAGAGAGAUUGAUGUUUAUUUAUUGACUUCAGUGUGUACUACAAUUGAGUUCGACGAAAAUGUUAAUUCGUACUAUAUUACACUUAAUGAUAAUGACGAUGAAGAUAAGAGUUUUAUAAAAACCUGCAGGCUUGCUCAUUUUAAGCCAUUAUGUUGUUGGACUAAGCAAAAUUUCAAUGACUUGUAUGUUAGUCUUCGACAUAUUAUAAUAUGACUCAUUAAUUUACUUUUAAAAAGUUAAAAAGUCUAAUGGCUAUUGACAUAAUUGGACACAAUUUAUAAUUUGUUAUAUUAUUUAUUAUUAAACUUAAAAAUAUUUUGCUUUGAAUGCUGUUAACUUUCAUUAUGAUAUAUGAUGGUUUAUUACGAUAUUAUACCAGAGAUAUUUAAACGAGUUUGUCACUUCAAUAUAGUAAUAACAUAAUUUGUAUUCAUUAUUAAACAACACAUUAUAUGUACUUAUUGAAUAAAUCUUUCCACUAUUAUCUAAACCUUUUUAAAUAUACAAAUGUUUUUAAGUGUAUUAUCAAAAUUUAUAUAACUUAAAUUAGGGAUGCACCGGAUCGGGUAUUUUGCCGAUCCGGCCGGAACCUGAAUUUCGGCCGCUGGCCGGACCGGAUCGCCGGAAUUCCGGCCGGAUCGGGACCUAAAUUUAAAAUGUAUGUGCAUGCCUAUUUUUAUACGUAAAACAUUGAAAAUAUUGAGGCUGAUUUAUUUUUACUUUUUUUUAAACUAGCUACAGUAUGCAGAGUGUUUAUUACUAUUAAUUUUACCUAGAUAGAAAUUACUGUUUAUUUAAAUAUUAAUUUUUAAUUAGCGUUAACAAAAUUAAAACAAUUCUACUCAUUCAAUUGGAGAAUAGCAGCCACCUGCCAAUAAUAAAAAAAUUAUAAAGAAGUCGGGGAACCACAGCAAGGAAACACGCACACCCUUCUCUGUUGACCAAUUACAAAAUAUAUCUGGAAAGCGAUCCGGCCGGAACGGUAGUUUCGGCCAACUGGCCGGAUCGGCCGGAUUUAGUGGUACCGCCGGAAUUCCGGUGCAUCCCUAACUUAAAUUUUAUAAUAUUAAAACCUUCAGAUCAGGAAAUUGACGGUGCUGUGUUUCUACAAUUAACAAAUGAAGAUCUUACUCUUUUGCAAAUCAAAAUGGGACCGAAAAAAAAGCUAUUAGCAUUAAUAAAUUUAAUAAAUCAAGAGAAAAACAUCGUGGGAACUUAUAUUGUUGACAGUGACAGAUUCUUGAUAAAAAAAACAUCAGAUAAUACUAUCAAUAUACCUACUAAUGAUCAAGAUAUUUCGAGGCCAUCAACGUCCAGUGACAAUUCUUCAUCAUUUACCGAUGCUAAGCCUACUCCAACUUCAUCUAAUUUCUCAUCGCGUGCUGUGUCAUCAAGUACUUUUUCACGGUAUGAAACUGUUGAAAAAACUUUAUUGAAUCACCCUCAGGGAAAAGAAAUUUUAAAGUCCAUUCGGGGAUCAGCUAGUGAAGAAGAUCGAAGAUGUUUGGUCCGGAUUAUAGUGGGUGAACUGGUCAAAACUCACGGUGACAGUUGUUAUCCACCAAAAGAAGCAAAAAUUGCUUUAGCUAAAGCUGUUAUCACAGAAUUUUCCAGGUUAAGAGAUAACAAACAACCAAGAGGCUACGAACACUAUUAUAAUCCUGGUUCCCGUAAUGAUCGAGGUUUCAUUGAAAAUCGUCUUCUGACAAUGAGAAAACGACUUCCACCAGCGGAAAAAAAGUAUAAUAUUGUUAAAUCCAACAAACAAAAACCAGUUGAUUUAGUUCAAACAUCAGAUCUAACUGAUGAAGAAAUCGGCAGAAUGAUUAAUUUGGAAUUUGAUGCAUUAUUUCCUAAGUCGAAGGACCAAUUCUUGGGUAAAUUUCCAAGCUUUUAUGCACCUAGAAUUUUGGCAUAUGUAAAAAAAUAUCGUCCAGCAUUGCACAGGACUUCUGAAAUCAUUGAUGACCGUAAGAUUAAUUUGAUUCAAACAUUUAAAUUACUGAUUUGUCUUAUAGAAAACUUCCGAGCUUUACUCCUUCUCAUUGAACUACUCCCAGUGUCAAACGCAAGAAAAACAUUUAAAGGUAAAGGAAAAUGUAAAGAAAAAAAAAGGAAAAUUGAAGAGGAUAACAUUGAAGAUGAGAAAGAAAACAGGCCAAAAAUUGAAUUUCCAAAUAAAUUUCUUCUCAAACAAGUACCUGAAGGUACUGAUUUGAAAAAUUACGUGAAGGCUAUUUGCAAAGAAAGUAUACUUUCACAUAAGAGCAGUGUCCAGCCAUAUUUAAUUGUGGUAUCUGGGCAAUCUACUGAAUCUACUUUCAUUCAAGGGGACGGAUGGUUCAUUGAUGUUAAUGAUAGCGGGAAUCGAGUUGCAAGUUUUGACUUAUUAUUCAAGUUUUUUUAUGUUUUAAACAUAGAAUACCCAGAAAGCUUACGUAAUUUUUAUAAUUUCAUUGAAUCUUACGUUUAUGAGAUGAAUGUUAAGCCGUAUAAUAUUGUGUCUUCUGUCCACAUAAAUAUUUCAAAUUUUAAUCCUAAUGAAGAUGCAUGA